AAUAAAAUCCUAAUCCUCAGGAUACACCAUCCCAGAAAAAUCUUCCAAGGAAGAAACCAAAGCCCGCUCUAUCCGCACUCUUGCUAGCUCCAAGAUCAGGGAAAGAACAGGUAUUACCAGCUCCAACACUAUGAGUCGGUUUCGUGGAUUUUCCAUAGCUUUUGAGACGCCUUAUUGAUGUAAGUCUCGUCUACUUUUCUUGGAUUUAUGGAAACGCUCUUCCGUGCGCUAUAGAAAAAAAUGGCAGCAUCUUUUCCUGUUAUCUCAAACGAUGGGUUUUUGUCUUUCCAAGAAAAAUUUAAGUUUCAUAGUGGAAAGUCCAAAUCUUUGUCGACACAUAAUAAUAAUAGUAGAAUAAUAUCUUGUUCCUUAUCCAAUUGUAGUACUUCACUUUCUGCGCCAUUGUUAGGGUUGAAUUAUAGCUUUUGUAAAUCUCGGCAAAGAUUAUUACUUUGUAGCACAGAGGUUAGGUCAUUAGCAAAUGAGAGGAGAAAUGUAGACACACAUUUUAGGGAAAGGAGGGAUAGUAAUGAAAUGAGGAGGAAGGGGAGGAGGAGAGUUUCUUUGAGAUUGCGCCCCAGGUUGCGGUUAUUGUCAAGGAGAUUGAAACGAUUCUCGGUUAGAUCAGCCCUAAAUAAUUUUGGGACAUUUCUGAGGAAGAAUAUGAGAGUGACACUAUCAAUGUCUAUUUCUAUUGUUCUUGGCAUUUGUUACUUGUUUCUUAGAUUGACGGCGGUGGCUUCUCCAAAAGUUGUUCCAUAUUCAGACUUGGUAACGAGCCUCCAGAGUGGUUUGGUAACUAAUGUUCAGUUUGAGGAAGGCACUCGUCGUAUUUACUACAAUAUCGACCCUGGGAAUCUCGAAAACACUGAAACAGCGGAGGAUAGUGUAUCAGUUCCAUCCGAGAGUAUAGCUGGUAAUGGAGCUAGCAAUGAAAUUGUGAGGAGUGAUCGAGUUGGUAGUAAGAUAUUGAAUAAAAUGUCGAGAGGCAGAAGUUCUGCCCCUGUGUGGCAGUUUUCUACAAGAAAGAUUGAUCACGAUGAAGGUUAUCUUCUUAGUCUAAUGAGAGAAAAGGGAACAGCGUAUAGUGCAGCCCCUCAAUCAGCGCUUAUGUCAAUGAGGAGUUUGCUGAUUACCGUGUUGUCCUUAUGGAUUCCUUUGACACCCCUAAUGUGGCUUCUCUACCGUCAAAUAUCUGCUGCCAAUAGUCCUGCAAAAAAAAGGAGGCCAGCCAACCAUUCGGUAAAUUUCAGUGAUGUGGAGGGUGUGGAUGCUGCAAAAGUGGAACUUAUGGAGAUAGUUUUGUGCUUGCAAGGAUCUAUAAACUACAGUAAACUUGGGGCAAAGUUACCUAGGGGUCUCCUACUUGUGGGUCCACCUGGUACAGGAAAAACAUUACUAGCACGGGCAGUUGCUGGAGAAGCAGGAGUACCCUUUUUCUCUGUUUCUGCCAGUGAAUUUGUAGAACUCUUUGUAGGAAGGGGAGCAGCUCGCAUUAGGGACCUCUUUAAAGUUGCGAGAAAAAAUGCACCUUCUAUCAUAUUCAUUGAUGAGCUUGAUGCUGUUGGAGGAAAGCGUGGCAGAAGUUUUAAUGAUGAGAGAGACCAAACAUUGAACCAGCUACUGACUGAGAUGGAUGGAUUCGAAUCUGAUAUCAAUGUCAUUGUUAUCGCUGCAACGAAUAGACCGGAAGCUUUAGAUGCUGCCCUCUGUCGACCAGGGAGAUUCUCCAGGAAAAUAUUUGUGGGAGAACCAGAUGAAGUUGGUCGGAGAAAGAUCUUGUCCGUACACUUGAGAGGAGUACCCCUUGAGGAAGAUAUGGAACUUAUCUGUAACCUAGUUGCAUCACUUACCCAAGGCUUUGUGGGCGCUGACCUUGCGAAUAUAGUCAAUGAAGCUGCCUUACUUGCUGCUCGUAGAGGGUCCGAAUAUGUCUCAAGAGAAGAUAUAAUGGAAGCAAUAGAAAGAGCAAAAUUUGGGAUUGACAACAAGCAAUCCAGUCCAUUAGGUAAGGAGCUAGGGAAAUUGUUCCCUUGGGUACCUUCUCUAAUGAAGAUGAAUGAUACGAGACGAGAUGGAUUUCCAGGGCCUUUGGGAUAUCAGACACUGAGCUGAGUAUUAUGCGCUUUUACUACUUCUCAAGUGAGUGUUUUUUCCACGCUGAAAUCUCACGAAAUCUCGUAGGUUACUCUUAAUUUGGUGGAAAUAUGUUCAGAUGAAGAUUGCUGAUCAUGUUUUUGUAUCCUUCUUUUAUGUUGUCUGGAAUCACACAAGAAUUUGGCUAUUAUACAACUUGGUACCCAUGGUUUCUUAUCCUAUUUAUUUA